AUGGUGACUGAAAGAGGCGCUGCUACACCGUCGACAGCUGCAUCGGGUGAGGCGCCAAGUGAAACGCUGCUUCUAGGUGAAUACAAGGUGUCUUUGCAUGCUCGUAGCACCAUCUACACCGCCUGCUUUGCGGUGCCGAUGGCCAUUCUCUUCCCUAUUGCGUACAAGAUGCGCGUUCGCUCCAUCGACGUCUACGGGUAUCUCUUCCACAGAAAUGACCCGUGGUUCAACUACCGCGCCGCCGAGUACAUGUCCGCGCACGGCUGGUCCGCCUUCUUCAGCUGGUUCGACUACAUGAGCUGGUACCCGCUGGGCCGCCCCGUUGGCACCACCACGUACCCGGGCCUGCAGCUCACCGCCGUUGCCAUCCACCGCGCAUUGGCGGCUGCCGGGGUGCCGAUGUCUCUCAACAACGUGUGCGUGCUGAUCCCCGCGUGGUUUUCACUCGUCUCUUCGGCGAUGGUGGCGCUGCUGGCACACGAGAUGACUGGCAACAUGGCAACGUCCAGUAUCUCGUCGAUAUUAUUCAGUGUGGUGCCUGCACACCUGAUGCGGUCCAUGGCGGGCGAGUUCGACAACGAGUGCAUCGCCGUUGCAGCCAUGCUCCUCACCUUCUACUUGUGGGUACGCUCGCUGCGCACGCGGUGCUCGUGGCCCAUCGGCAUCCUCACCGGUAUCGCCUACGGCUACAUGGUGGCGGCGUGGGGCGGAUACAUUUUUGUGCUCAACAUGGUUGCCAUGCACGCCGGCAUAUCAUCGAUGGUCGACUGGGCUCGCAACACGUACAACCCGUCGCUGCUGCGCGCAUACGCGCUGUUCUACGUUGUCGGCACCGCCAUCGCCACGCGCGUGCCGCCUGUGGGGAUGUCGCCCUUCAGGUCGCUGGAGCAGCUGGGUGCGCUGGUGGUGCUCCUCUUCCUGUGCGGGCUGCAGGCCUGCGAGACUCAGCGCAGCAGACUCGGAGUGGAGCGCUUUUCAACGGAGGGUGUGUCGCUGCUCGUCCGCAUCUACGCAGCCUUCUUCGUGGGCAUCGUUGCGGUGGUUGCCAUGGCCCCUGCCGGGUUCUUCAAGCCGCUCUCCCUGCAGGCUCACGCGAUGAUAGCUGGGGCACAGCCCACGGGGAACACACUUGUAGACAUGCUGAUUGCGAAAGAUGCGUCCAGCUUACUUGUGGCAUGGGAACUUCUUCUCUUUCCCUUUUUUGGUUGGAUGGUCGGCAUGGGCGCCUUUCUUACUGAACUGGUCCAAAGCUUCACGUACACAAAGAGUUUCAUGUUGAUGUACGGCGCAGUUGGUAUGUAUUUCGCGAGUCAGUCUGUGCGAAUGAUGGUGAUGAUGGCACCUGUAGCGUGCAUUUUUACUGCCCUCCUGUUCUGUUUGGCGCUGGACUACGCCCUCGGGGCGCUGUUUUGGGCGGAAAUCCCGCCCUCCAUUGACAGUGACGCGCAACAGGAGCUGCAUCAGCAGACAGCUGAGGCGGCGAAGACGAAGAAACGUAAGCAGGAAGAGUACACCACCAUGCAGGUCAAGAUGAUUUCGGUACGCAUGAUGCCCCUCAUGCUGUUGGUCUUACUGUUCCGCUUUUCCGGGUUUAUCGAAGACGUGGCAGCGAUAUCGCGUGAGAUAGAGGUGCCGGGCAUAGUGUUCCCCGGCAGCAUGGUGCAGGGCUUAUCGGAUGAUAUGAUUGACGACUAUUAUGCAGGGUAUCUAUACCUGCGCGACAACACGCCAGCGGACGCGCGCGUGCUGUCCUGGUGGGACUACGGCUACCAGAUCACAGGCAUCGGCAACCGCACCUCGCUGGCCGAUGGCAACACCUGGAACCACGAGCACAUCGCCACCAUCGGCAAGAUGCUGACGUCGCCCGUGGCGGAGGCGCACUCACUGGUGCGCCACAUGGCGGACUACGUCCUGAUUUUUGCCGGAGACAUGCACUUUUCGGACUUGAUUAACUCACCGAUGAUGGCGCGCAUUGGCAACAGCGUGUACCACGACAUCUGCCCCAACGACCCGCUUUGCAGUCGGUUCGUGUUUCAGGAAAAGCGGAAAAUCGCUCCAGCAAGGAGCGGUCGACACAUCAACUUAGCCAAGCUGGGCGACGAUGAAGAGGAGACACAGAACGUGGAGUAUGAGCCGUCGCCACUCAUGGCCAAGUCGCUCAUAUAUCAUCUGCACUCCGCAGGGGUGAAGGAGGGAGUCACGCUGAACGACAAGCUCUUCCAGCAUGUCUACACCUCCGCACACGGCCUCAUGCGCAUCUUCAAGGUCAUGAACGUGAGCGCGGAGAGCAAGAAGUGGGUGGCUGACCCGGCAAACCGCGUGUGCCACCCGCCUGGGUCGUGGAUCUGCCCCGGGCAGUACCCGCCGGCGAAGGAGAUCCAGGAGAUGCUGGCGCACCGGUACACCAGCCUCAAGGACCUUGUGGAUUCCAUGAGCGACUCGGAGCGGGAGGGUACGUUGAACGGAGAGUAA